GUACUCCAUUUGAAAUAGUGAAGCACUCCUAUAUUUAAGUGAGAAGAAAAACAUACAGCUGCUCCACAAAGCAACUUCUGAACACCGAAAGGUAGCAGACAAUGGCAAUCUACAGCAACAACCCAUCAUGUCUCAUCUCUCUCUUCUUCACUUUCUUCAUUCUUUCAUCCCAUACCCUCUUCUCCAUCUGCAACGCUUCUGAAUCUGAAGUUGAGGAUGAAACACCUUUCACCUAUCUGGAGGGAACUGGGAAAGGACCUAGAAAAUGGGGCCAGGUCAAUCCGCUUUGGCAAGUUUGUAACAAAGGAAAAUUGCAAUCUCCAAUCGAUCUUCAUGACCAGAGAGUUCAAGUUGUCUGUGAUUUGGGGGAAUUGAAAAGGGAUUACAACCCAGCUCAUGCCACUAUCAAAAAUCGGGGACAUGAUGUCACUGUGAGAUGGAAAGAAGAUGCAGGAAAAAUUAUCAUAAAUGGGACCGACUUUAAACUGUUGCAGUGUCAUUGGCAUUCUCCUUCUGAACACACCUUCAAUGGAACAAGAUACAAUUUGGAGCUUCACGUUGUUCAUAUGAGCUCAAACGGGACGAUAGCUGUUAUUGGGAUUACUUACAAGUAUGGCUGUCCCGAUCCUUUUCUUGCAAAGCUCUCAAGCCACAUCAGUUCAAUUGGGAAAGAAGAAAAAGACAUUGGAAUUGUUAAUCCUGGUGACAUCAGGUUUGGAAUCGGAAGCCGAAAGUACUACAGAUAUAUCGGUUCUCUAACAAUUCCUCCAUGCACAGAGGGUGUUAUAUGGACAAUAGUCGAGAAGGUGAGAACAGUUUCAAGGGAGCAAGUUCAAGCAUUAAGGGAUGUUGUCGAUGAUGGAUUUGAGGCAAAUGUGAGGCCAACGCAACAGCUCGAGGGAAGACCAAUUUUUUUGUAUAAUCCCGACGUCAAGGAAGGUUCUAAGUAAAAACAGAUGGUAGCUUUCGGAGGAAAAAAUGCAAACUCCAUUUUAUAACUAGAUUUUUGUACAUUUAAUAAUAUGCGCGUUAAUGACACAAUAAGACUUUGUUGCUAAUAGAAGGUCCUUGUGAUGCAUUCUCGGAUACUCCUUGAAGGAUCGACGAUACUAUUCAAAUCAUAUCAAAUAAUUCAUGAAUUGACAUUGAUGAUAC